CAUGAGAAUUGAAUUGCGUAACUAUAUUAUACGAAAUCCUCAACCAGAAGACGUCGGUGGCGGCACAAUCACAAUCAGUGCAAAGGUCGUCGGUUAUAAUCGGACGUUUACGGCUUCUUCGUUGGUGUCAGCAUUCAUCGACGAAGAUAACGACGAGUGUUCAAGCAAAGAAGAUUUUAACUAUUUCUUGAUGGAAUCAGGAAUUAGCGACGAUGAUACUGCAGAUGCCAUAACAGAGCUAAUCAACAAUGUUUAUGAAGUUACUUCUCCCGCAAGUAAUGACUACUCUCCGGGGUAUGAUUUGCUAGUGUACUUGCUUCUUGUUCCUACCUCUCAGAUUGAAGAUGCCUUUCAGAUUGAAGAAGCGGUUCGAGUCUGGUUCGACGAGACCAAUAAUAUCCCUUUGAGACCCGCAAGCAAGCUCGUGGUCAAGUCCUUAGCCAGGAAAAUACACGACAAGGUUACUUCUACUGGUGAAGAGUGCACAAUUUGUUUCGAGGAGUUUGAUAACGAUGAACGAAGAGUUGUGACUUUACCUUGUGGACAUGACUUUGACUAUGAGUGUGUCGUUAAGUGGUUUGAGACCAAUCACACCUGUCCACUGUGUCGUUUCAAGUUGCCUUGUGAAGAUUAAUAU